GUGGUUGAAAGUCAUUUGUAGAUGCGUGCCCUGCCUCUUUGGACGGCCAAGCCUACUUCCUGGUAAAGGCAGCGCCUCGGUGUUGUCGUAGUAAGUAGAAGGGGGCAGCUGAAGUGUAGGCGGAGGCGGCCGUGGACGGUCCGCAGUCUCUUUACUGCAGUUAGUCAGCAGCACACUUUUUUUUGGGUAGGGGGGGUUGUUGAUGUUUUUGCUCAUUUGUAGAAGAAAAAAAUGGGAAGCACAGUGAUGGAGUCCAACAAGGAGAGCUCAAAGAAAAUGCCAAAGAAGAGGAGAAGUCUGCGGAUUAACAUGCCAGACUUCGGUGCGUUCACUUCCCCACAGCCGGAGACAAGUGGCUCAACCAAAAGUGGCGCUCAGAUGGGAGAGCGUCGCAUCCGUUCAGCCAGUCCCAUCAAAGGAGUUCCUGUGAGAAGCCCCCUGCCCCCAUGUCCCCAGUCUGCUCCGGUGCCAUCGAAGACCGGCUCAGGUUCGCCAAAAACUAUCUUCCCUUAUCCCUCCUAUCAGAACUCCCCACCCAAGUCCCCCCGUCGCCUAAGCUUCAGUGGCAUCUUCCGCUCCUCAUCAAACGCCACUCCUGCAAGCAUGAAAAUCUUCUCCAGAACCAGGAAAGCCUCUGGACUCUCCACACCACCAACCACCCCAACACAGGCAGCCAGCCAGCCAGUGUUCACCCAGGAGGCCCAUCAGAGUGGCCCAAGCCCUGAACGCCUGGAGCCGAAUUCCCGCUCCCGCUGUCUCUCCACACCUCCGGACACAGGACAGCGCCUAGGUCUACCCUCUGCUAAACCCCCGAUCCCUUCCUCAAGCCCUGUGCCACCAUACUCUACCUCACAACACAUCUACGGUUUAUUCGAAGGCAUGCUGGAGAAACUUGAACUAGAUGAUGAUGCUGCUGAACCUGAGAGUGAUAUUUACAUGCGCUUUAUGAAAUCCCACAAGUGCUACGACAUUGUCCCUACAAGUUCAAAACUGGUUGUGUUUGACACAGCGCUUCAGGUUAAGAAAGCGUUCUUUGCCUUGGUAGCCAAUGGUGUGCGAGCAGCUCCACUAUGGGACACAGAGAAGCAAAGCUUUGUGGGAAUGCUGACAAUCACAGAUUUCAUCAUCAUACUACACAGAUACUAUAAGUCACCAAUGGUGCAAAUAUAUGAAUUAGAGGAACAUAAACUUGAGACGUGGAGAGAGGUUUACCUUCAAGCAACAUUCAAACCUCUCGUCAACAUAUCACCUGAUGCAAGUCUGUUCGAUGCAGUCUACACCCUCAUCAAAAACAAAAUUCACCGUCUGCCUGUCAUCGACCCAGUCACGGGGAACGCACUUUAUAUUCUCACACACAAGAGGAUCCUCAAGUUCCUCCAGCUCUUUAUGUGUGAAAUGCCAAAGCCAGCUUUCAUGAAGCAGACUCUUGGGGAGUUGGGCAUUGGUACGUAUCGUGACAUCGCUUUCAUCCACCCGGACACGCCCAUCAUUAAAGCACUCAACAUCUUUGUGGAGAGAAGAGUGUCUGCUUUGCCUGUUGUGGAUGAGUCAGGCAAAGUUGUGGAUAUUUACUCCAAAUUCGACGUGAUUAACUUGGCUGCUGAGAAGACGUACAACAACCUGGACAUUACAGUGACCCAGGCUCUGAAACAUCGCUCUCAGUACUUCGAAGGAGUCAUGAAGUGCCAUAAAAUGGAAACAAUGGAGACAAUUGUGGACAGAAUAGUCAAAGCUGAAGUGCAUCGGUUGGUGGUGGUGGACGAACGCUCCAGUAUCGAGGGAAUCGUCUCCCUGUCGGACAUCCUCCAGGCUCUGGUGCUCAGCCCAGCAGAUGCCUGUAAGGAGGAGAAUCUGACUGAGUGAGAGGGAGGAAGCAUCAGCUGACGUGGAUACGUGUUGGGAGUAAAUAAAUUGAGAGGUUGAGGUAGGGAGCGUGAGGCUAAUGGGGCCAGUCUGACGAUCCUAGAGACGCCUGCAACUGAUGCACUAUAGAGGCUUGGAAACCAAAGAGCUAGACAGCUGAGUGAAGUGGAGUUCCUGUACUGUGGAUUGGGUUUCUGAAUGUAUCCUUUUUUGUUUGUUUGAACACUGAUCAGAUGAACACACAUACAGUAUACUGUAUAUAUACUAUAUAUAUACACAGCCACAAGAACACACACACACACACACACACACACACACACACACACACACACACAUAUGGACAGAUGCAUUAUGGUCACCUGCCUGGGAAAGUUGAGACAGGUCCGGAUGAAUUAGGGCUUCAGUGUUUUAGGUUGUGUAGUUAUUAUCAUGCUGCCGUCAUCAGUUGUCUCAUUCAUAGUGCACUGGAUACUGAAUGUCAUCACCUCCAGGAAGGCAAAUCCUCUCCUGAGUGUUUGCUGUAGAAAGGGGACGUUCACAGAUGCAACUUCAUGUUUAGUAGCAAAACUACACUUCACAUACAAAUUGGUCAUUUUUUAAGGCUGUUAGAAAAGUGUUGGCCAGUGCCAAUAUAGAGGGGUUGAUGCCCAGUCUUUAUUUGUGCCUUUUGUUUGCCCUGCCUACACAGCUCAGUUUAAAACUGACAGUAUUUGGACUUUUUGUUUUCAAAUGAGUGCAAUUAUUUGGAGGUUUUAAGAAAAAUAAUUGUGUGUAAUAUUAAAGUAAGUGGCUAAGUGUACCUUCUACUUCCAAUUC